CGUUUUUUCUUCAGAAAUAGUUUUACAUAGUUUUGGUCUUCAAAUUUCCAUCCAGUUUCCAAAAGACGACUAUGCGCUAUUGCGUUUCUUGUGUGAUUCUUUUUAUUCACGAUUACCAUCCGGCAAGAUGGAAACGAAUUGGGGCAGAAAUUGGUAAUCAGCUCGAUGUCAGCAUUGAUUAAUGGAUCGAUGAUCGAAUUAUUAAUGAUUCAGUGACCCGAAGCGCAGCAGGAUGUUUGCUGAUUGACGUUUUGCUCAUGCUCUCAAUAGAGUUGUUCGUUGUGGUUUUGCAAGAUGUUUAGUUCGUGUACAGUUUGAUCGAUAGUUUGGGCUAUUUUUGCAAACAUUGUUAGCUCCUGCAAAGGUACACAGCACGCAUACGUUUUAGGAAAUCCAUUUUUCUAUGCAAAUUUUCCAUUCCAUCAACUCGUUCCAUCUAUUACGGUAGCACGAAUUGACCAUUUUCGGGCCAACUUUACGAUUCUAAUUAACAUGGCCACUCCCGUGACAGCUCUAGCAAAGGGGCAGCCAGCACAAAGUCCCACCGUCAAGAUAACGAUCGCAGCUGGGUGCGCUAGGAUGACGCACACGUGGCACCAUCCGCAAGCCUACCAGCUAUUCCGACAGGUAGCGCUAGUAGAAGCGGUACUCAUCCAUCAACGUGUCACCGUGGACAGUCGCUCGUGAAGUGUUGCGUACAGUACACUUUGUAGGGAAUCAUUACACGCACCGGUCGUUUCUGUUCCGACCCGAUGGAAACGGUGGAUAAGAUUAUCCUGCAGCGAAGUGACCAAAGGACCACCAAAGGAACACCCGCACGGGCAGCCACCGUAACGAACCAUGACGAUGGGAUUCUUAAGGACUAUCUUCGCAACAGCACGUUUCCCAUCGUGCGGUACGUGUUGGGAUCGGAUUUGCGUGUGACGCUGAAAGUGUUCUGGCUCGCAGUGGCGGUGUGUUUGGCAGGACUGUUCGGUUUUACCGUGGUGGUCAACUACGAACGUCUGCAGGAUCCAUCGAAUGUGUAUUUGGCGGAAGCGGAAAAAGCGUUACCCAUGUGGAGUGUCCCGUUCCCUGCAGUUACGCUUUGUGCGCGGAAGGGAAGUUGCGUCAGUGAGCCGUUGCAGCUAGAUCAGUUUUGCGAGCAAAUCUGCUGGCAGGAUGUGUGCACGAGCGAGUGUGAAACGUUGCUGGAUGCGGUACGCACGGAACGGGGUAUCUGCUACACGUUCAACGCCGUUGCUGGGGAGCAAAUCUUCAAGUCCAAUAAUUUGGUCAACGUGAAGGACCUUUCGAACGUUUCACGACCCACCGAAAACUGGGACUUUCUUCGUGGACUUCAAGUGAUAACCACCGUACUGGUCAAACAGUAUCCCCGGGCCGCGCAAGACAUGUCCGGACGGUAUCGGCUAAAGAUCACGAUCUCCAACGAACUAAACGAAACACUAUCCGAUUGCGCCACUCCCGAACUGGAAGCGUUCGUUCACUCUCCAAUCGACUUUCCGUUCAAACCGGUGCAGCCUACUGCGAUCUCACUCAGUUCCGUCGUACAGUUGCGUGUCUUUCCCCAGCUGGUUAGAUCGCAGCGUUACCUACGCUACUUCACGGCGCCUACUACGGGUUGCAUAUCACAGGUACAGAACCCGCUCAAGCAUUUCGCCAUCUACAGCCAAAGCAACUGCGAGAUGGAGUGUCACACGGAGUACUUCCUGGAGAAGCGCGGAUGCGUGCUAGACCAUAUGCCCCGCAGCCACGCGAUGAAUCUGUGCAACGCUAGCACCAACUAUCGACCGUACGAUGUGCUGGACAAGAUCGUUGCCGGUCAGCUGCGCGAGCAGAACAUUCCGCGGUCACAGUUCUUCCGGCGACUAUGCAACUGUUUGCCGGCCUGUGUUGAUUUUCGGUACCGAGCGGAGGCCAGCUCGUACAUGGUGGCGGUGGAACCGUGGUCGAUGGAGUCGAACCAGAGUGCGGAUGGGUUGAGUUCGCAGCUGACGGUGGAGUUUGCACAGGAUCAUUACUAUCCACUGGUGCGCAGUGUUCGCUAUACGGUGUUGGACUUUUUUGGGAAUUUCGGAGGGCUUUUAGCGCUGUUUUUGGGUGUCUCAAUCGUUACGUUGGUGGAAGUAUUUUUCUUUUGCUUUUUAAAACCAGCAGUCGUGAGGUAAAGGUAUGUGAGGUGACGAUUUUUUCAAGUUUUUUUUUUCUGGAGUUUAUCGAUCCUUAUGGAGAACUUUUAACAAUUAACAAUAAGUACAGAAAUAUCGAGAAGUACCUUUUUAAAAUUUUCGUUUCCGAAAUGUUUGAAAGCAGCUUGAUGGUUUAUAAACAACACAUAUUACAAAAAAAGGAUUGCGUUAUCUGGAACUUGGAGAUACUCUUUCAAAUCUAUUCUUUAGUCCAAACAGGUCUUCAACUGAAUCCUUUAAAUGUCCAGUAGAUAAGCAUCCUCCCUUA